UCCGAGGCUCCCGGGACCUUGGGGAGCUCCGAGCCCUCCCCCGGGGUGGCAGAGGAGGAGGGAGGAGGGCUGCCCGGGGCCACUCGGGCCUCAUCUUCGGCCUGGUGGUCGCCAUGCUGCUGGAAACAGAGCUGGGUAGAGACAGAGAUCGGCCCGGGGCCCCCGGGGCCGCUGCCGUCUGCACCUUCGGUGGGACUCGGGAGAUCCCGCUGUGUGCCGGCUGUGACCAGCACAUCCUGGACCGCUUCAUCCUCAAGGCGCUGGACCGCCACUGGCACAGCAAGUGUCUGAGGUGCAGCGACUGCCACGCGCCCCUGGCCGAGCGCUGCUUCAGCCGCGGAGAGAGCGUCUACUGCAAGGACGACUUCUUCAAGCGGUUCGGGACCAAGUGCGCCGCGUGCCAGCUGGGCAUCCCGCCCACGCAGGUGGUGCGCCGCGCCCAGGAUUUCGUGUACCACCUGCACUGCUUCGCCUGCGUCGUGUGCAAGCGGCAGCUGGCCACGGGCGACGAGUUCUACCUCAUGGAAGACAGUCGGCUCGUGUGCAAGGCGGAUUACGAGACGGCCAAGCAGCGCGAGGCAGAGGCCACGGCCAAGCGGCCGCGCACGACCAUCACGGCCAAGCAGCUGGAGACGCUGAAGAGCGCCUACAACACGUCGCCCAAGCCCGCGCGCCACGUGCGCGAGCAGCUCUCGUCCGAGACCGGCCUGGACAUGCGCGUCGUGCAGGUGUGGUUCCAGAACCGCCGCGCCAAGGAAAAGCGACUCAAGAAGGACGCCGGCCGGCAGCGCUGGGGCCAGUACUUCCGCAACAUGAAGCGCGCCCGCGGCGGCUCCAAGUCCGACAAGGACAGCGUCCAGGAGGAGGGGCAGGACAGCGACGCCGACGUCUCCUUCACCGAUGAGCCGUCCAUGGCCGAGAUGGGCCCUGCCAGCGGCCUCUACAGCAGCCUGGGGGAGCCCACCCCAGCCCUGGGCAGGCCCGCGGGAGCCCCGGGCAGCUUCCCGCUGGAGCACGGAGGCCUGGCCGGCCCGGAGCAGUACCGGGAGCUGCGGCCCGGCAGCCCUUACGGUGUCCCCCCGUCCCCAGCUGCCUUGCAGAGCCUCCCUGGCCCCCAGCCCCUUCUCUCCAGCUUAGUAUACCCAGAUGCCGGCUUGGGCCUGGUGCCCGCAGGGGCCCCAGGUGGGCCCCCGCCCAUGAGGGUGCUGGCAGGAAACGGACCCAGCUCUGACCUGUCCACGGGGAGCAGCGGGGGCUACCCCGACUUCCCUGCCAGCCCUGCCUCCUGGCUGGACGAGGUGGACCACGCUCAGUUCUGACCGAGGCCCCCGGCUCCCCCGAGCGCCGGCCAUGAGG